UUAGUGUAUUUAGUGAAUGUCACUUUUUAUCACUUUCAAAUUUCCCGCCAGUUCCGUCCCCCGUACGUCCCGACGCUCGCAGGGGACGGAACCCAGAUGACAGAUGCCGGCAUCCGCCGGAUUACAUUGCCGGGGACACUGCAGGAGGGACAUCGCGGGAGCGCAGGACAAGGUAAGUGAAGAACAGAUGCCGGAGCAGCGCCGCAUGGUAAGCCCAAGUGUAGCUCGGAGUUACCGCUUUUGGUACUGAAACCUUACCCCGAGCUACACUCGGUAAUACCGUCAUGGAGUGCUACUUUAAAGUGGACCCAAUGGGGUUGAUUUACUAAACCUGGAGAGUGCAAUAUCUGGUGCAGCUGUGCAUGGUAGCCAAUCAGCUUGUUCAAUUAAGGUUUGUCAAUAAAACCUGGAAGCUGACUGGCUUC